GGCCAUGCUGCGCCUCUCCUCUAUGCUGCAUGGACAGAAGCUGGUUUUAUCAAGGAGGCUGAGCUGUUAAAUUUGAGGAAAAUAGACUCUGACCUGGAAGGCCACCCAACACCCAGGCUGCCUUUUGUGGAUGUGGCCACUGGUUCCUUGGGGCAGGGUCUGGGAGCUGCUUGUGGAAUGGCCUAUACAGGGAAAUACUUCGAUAAAACAAGUUACCGGGUUUACUGCCUACUGGGUGAUGGUGAAUCCUCUGAGGGAUCAGUAUGGGAAGCCCUACAAUUUGCGUCACAUUAUCAAUUGGAUAAUCUAGUGGCCAUUAUUGAUGUGAACCGGCUGGGACAAAGUGAAGCAGCACCACUGGGCCAUGAUACAGAUGUUUAUCAUAAGCGCUGUGAAGCCUUUGGAUGGAAUACCUGUGUUGUGGAUGGUCAUGAUGUGGAGGAACUAUGCCAGGCUUUAUGGCAAGCAAGUCAACAGAAGGGGAAGCCCACCAUGAUUGUGGCCAAGACUUUCAAAGGACGGGGAAUCCCAGAUGUGGAGAAUGCUGACAAUUGGCAUGGAAAGCCCAUUCCAAAAGACAAAGUGGAAUCUGUUAUCUCUACCAUUCAGAGUGAAAUCCAGACUAGUGAUGUUUGUGCUAUCCAGCCACCUGCUCAAGAUGUGCCACCAGUCAAUACUGUGGAGAUCAAAAUGCCUUCUUUACCUACCUAUAAUAUAGGAGAAAAGGUGGCUACCCGCAAAGCCUAUGGUUUAGCCCUGGUAAAACUGGGAAAGGCUAACAAGCAUGUGGUUGUUUUGGAUGGUGACACUAAAAACUCCACUUUUGCUGAACUUUUCAAACAGGCCCAUCCAGAGCGCUAUAUAGAGUGUUUUAUUGCUGAGCAGAACAUGGUGAGUGUCGCUCUGGGCUGUGCUGCUAGGAACCGCACCAUUGCAUUUGCCAGCACCUUUGCUGCCUUUUUCACUCGAGCAUUUGACCAUAUCCGGAUGGCUGGUAUCUCCCGAUCAAACAUUAAGCUUUGUGGGUCGCACAGUGGGGUUUCUAUAGGAGAGGAUGGGCCCUCUCAGAUGGCUUUAGAAGAUCUAGCCAUGUUCAGAACUAUUCCAGGUUGUACGGUGUUUUAUCCAAGUGAUGCAGUCUCCACUGAGUAUGCUGUUUCUUUGGCAGCAAACACCAAGGGAAUAUGCUUCAUUCGUACCAGUCGUCCAGAAACUCCUAUCCUUUAUUCUCAGGAAGAAAAGUUUGAGGUUGGCCUUGCCAAGGUUGUUCGUAUAAGUGAUGCUGACAGAGUAGUUGUUAUUGGAGCAGGUGUCACACUUCAUGAAGCCCUUUCAGCUGCUGAUGAACUAGCCAAACAAGGGAUCUAUAUCCGGGUAAUUGAUCCAUUUACAAUCAAACCUUUGGAUGCUGAUACCAUCAUUUCCAAUGCCAGAGCCACUGGGGGACAUAUCAUUACAGUUGAGGAUCAUUACAAAGAA